GGGGCCUUGCUGUUAAAAGGGGGCUGGAACUAGACAAAAGGCCUAAUAGUAAUUAGUUCUUAAUAAUAUUUUUAGGAACGCAGUUACUUCUCCAGUUGCGGAAUCGCAGAAUAUUAAACCAUGGAAGGAAAUCCCUGGACCACCUAGUCUGCCCAUCAUUGGACCUAUCUUUAGCUUUUUGCCUGGAGGGAAACUGUGUGGAUACAAGGGGGUAAAAUUAUCGGAAAAACUUUACCAACUAUAUGGGCCAAUAGUGCGAUUUGACGGGGUAUUUGGUGGACAGGCUAUGAUUCUAUUAUUUCACCCAGAGACCAUAGAACAUGUGCUUCGUUCUGAGGAGCCUAUGCCAGUUCGGCCCGGGCUUCAGAGUCUAGAGUACUAUCGGAAGCGGCACAACAAGGUCUACGACCCUACAAGGAUAACCGGGCUUGGCUCUGACCACGGCGAAAACUGGAGAGAUUUCCGAACCAAAGUGAACCCAAUAAUGAUGCAGCCGAAGACUAUUAAACUGUACACUGAUGUCCUGGAGGAAGUGUCUAAUGAUUUAGUUGCAAGGCUGAAAUCUAUCCGUGAUGAAAACAAUAGAAUAACGAAGAAGUUCAAUGUGGAAAUGAAUUUAUGGGCACUCGAGUCUAUAGGUGUAGUUGCACUCGGGACUCGACUAAAUUGCUUUGAUCCUAGUCUGCCAGAAGACUCACCAGCCAAAAAGCUGAUACAAAACGUUCAAGACAUCUUCAAUACUGCGGAGAAGCUGGAUUUUGGUUUCAGCCCUUGGAGAUUAUUCUCGACGCCGUUGUUUAAAAAGGCUAUGAAGAUUUAUGAAGAACAGGAAAGGUUAACGAAGUAUUUUAUCGACCAAGGGAUAAAAAAGUUGGAGGAAUCGAAAAGGAAUUCUGCAGAGGGCUCAAACGCAGAGAAACCAAUUCUAGAGAAACUGUUGGAUAUUGAUGUUCGGUUAGCACACAUCACGGCUUCGGACAUGUUAAUGGCAGGAGUAGAUACGGCUGCCAACACUGCAAUCGCUACAUUGUACCUUCUCGCAAUUAAUACCGAAAAACAAAACAAGCUCAGAGAAGAAAUAAUGACCAAGCGAGGCCGGAGGCCUUAUCUAAGGGCGUGUGUCAAAGAGGCCAUGAGGGUACUGCCGGUGGUUAGUGGGAGUGUGAGGCUAGCGACUAAAGAAUACAAUCUUCUUGGAUACAGAAUACCGAAAAACGUUCUGAUAGUGUUCUCCCACCAGUACAUGUCAAUCAUGGCGGCCCACUACCCGCGGCCCGCCGAGUACAUCCCAGAGAGAUGGCUGGCUGAGAAGGGAGAUCCCUUGUAUCAUGGCAACACACAUCCAUUCGUUAUGGUUCCGUUUGGCUUUGGAGUAAGAAGUUGUAUAGGUCGUCGCAUUGCAGAGCUGGAAAUGGAAACGAUGGUGUCCAAAAUGGUAGAGAAUUUCAAGAUAGAAUGGACGAGCAGUGAACCAUUACAAAUAGCCCCAACUUCACUCAAUUAUAUCACGGAGCCUUUCCACUUUGUUUUCAAAGAUUUAUAAAUAAUUACACUUUUCGUCAUAGAUAGAAUUAAAACAUAACGACUAUUAACGUCCA